AUAUAAAGUCAUUUUUGACGAAAAUUAAAACGUGUCAGUUUGAGGUUGGAAUUAUAACACAAUCAGCUACUAAAGUUGUGCCUUCAGAAAUCGAGAAAAUUAACAAUUUAAGGAAGAAUCGUCCACUUCCCAAACCCCAGUCUGGUCCGUUGAGUCCACGGAGUGAGUCUUGGGAAGUAUCGCGAUGUUGGGCCCUCUAGGUUAGAAACUGUGGUAGUAGCUUCAAGACGAGAGGCGCCCCCCGUAUGUGUUUAUUAGCUAGCUAGCGUCUUACUAGCAUUUAGGCGCGUUACCGUGCACUAGCGUAGAACAACAAUAGUUUAUAUAGCUAAAUGAAUUAGCUCAACAAGAGGCGUGCCUACCGAGCACCAGACGAGCGAGAGAACUAGCAACUACGUGGUGGGAAGGCUAGCGAAACGGAGAGAAACAGUUCAGCUAACGUUAGCUUGCUAGUUCGGGGUUUCUUGAUCCACCGACCGUAUUUAGCUUGCUAAAAAGCUAGGCUGCUGCUGGAGGCGCAACCGAUAACUGCUAGCUACUAGAGGGGAGGAAAUGAAGGACAAACAGAAGAGAAAGAAGGAACGCACGUGGGCUGAGGCGGCUCGCAUGGUUCUAGAGAACUUCUCUGAUGCCCCCAUGACGCCCAAGCAGAUCCUGCAUGUUAUUCAGACCAAGGGGCUCAAGGAAAUGAGAAGUGGCACAGCCCCUCUGGCCUGUCUGGUGACCAUGCUGCAUUCCCAGGUGAGGGGGGACAGAGUAAAAAACAGCAUCUUCUUUAAGCUUCCUGGCAGGAUGAGUCUGUUUACCUUGAAGAAGAACGCUCUGCAGUGGACCAAGAGUUCGAAGGAGGCGGAGACAGCCGAAGCCAGCACACUGGCUACUGCUAACACAGCAACAGCAGGGCCAACGGAAGGUGCGGAGCAAGAGAGCUGUGACUCCAUGGAAACAGUUGCAGCCAGUGGAGAGAACGAUGGUGUGUGGUUGUGCUCACCACAUACUUUCAUCAGUGAUCAUUUCGUGGAGACGUCCAUAGAUGAGAGCUCGUCCAGUGCCUCAUGCUCCACAGAGCCCCAGACCAGGCUGAGUAGAUCUGGAGUCUCUGGACAGGUGCGCUCUGAGGCCCAGGCACAGACCCGACUAAGUCGAUCCAGACAGUCGAGCAGACAGAGGAAGAAGGCUGUGAUGAUGCCGCGAGUGGUCCUCACUCCACUCAAGGUCAAUGGUGAACACGUCCCAUCAGGAGCAGCGGGGAGGCGCAGGGAAGACUCUAGGGGGGGUCCAGGCCCCACGCUUCGUGCCCGCCCCGAGCUGGCUAGCUGGAAACGCCCCCAGCACUUCAAGAGCUUGCGUGGCUACCACUCAGGGCCCAUGAAGAGGAGCCGAGGCGGGGUGGAGGUGGACUUUGAAACGCCCGGCUCUAUCCUGGUCAACACCAACAUCAGGGCUCUCAUCAACAUGCGCACCUUCUCUGCCUUCCCAGCCCACUCCCAACAGCAACUCCUGCAGCUCCUCCCCGAGGUUGACCGUCAGGUUGGACCUGAUGGUCUGGCUCGCCUCAGUAACUCGGCUCUCAACAAUGAAUUCUUCACUCACGCCUCCCAGAGCUGGAAGGAAAGGCUUGCUGAGGGGGAGUUCACCCAUGAGAUGCAGGUGCGAUUCCGCCAGGAGAUGGAGAAAGAGAAGAAAGUGGAGGCAUGGAAGGAGAAGUUCUUUGAGGAGUACCACGGUCAAAAGUCUGGCCUGACCCGAGAAGAGUCUCUGAAGUUGACAAUGAGCGAAGCGGCCGAUGCUGCCACCAGCGUUCUGGACAGCAAGGUGGCCUUGGUGGCGGCGGGAACGCCCAAGCGCCGCAAUGUGGGCAGGCGGAGGCGUGAUGGCAGGAUGAGACGGCGAACGCGGGCAGACUUGAGACGCAGGGCGCAACGCACCCUCUGUAAGACCAACUCCCCUACCCUGCAGUCCUCCAAGCAGCUGGAAGGCACGCUCACUUUAGAUGCAGCUUCUGUUGCCUCUGUCCCCUUGCCCGUCCCAGAGGCCACCACGGUGCAGGGAGGAGAGGUGGUGUUACAGGCCGACUGUGAACUGGAGGAUCCGGCCCAGUGUGCCUCCCUAGAGCCCGUGCCCUGCCCUUCCCCCGUGCCUGUGCUCCCGCCUGUGACCAUGCCUGUGCCCACCCCGACCCCCAGUCCCAGCCCUGUAUCUAUCAGCGCCUCCGAUGAGCCUGAAGUCACCGCCCGCCUGCUCCCUGAAGAGCCUGCACCUGCCGUCGCCUCAACCUCCUCUCCCUCCUCCUCGUCUUCUUCCUCCUCCUCCUCGUCCUCCUCCCCUUCCUCAUCUCCCUCCUCCAACUCAGAGAGACAAGGGGGGUUCACCGCCGGCUUGGAUUCUUCCUCCUCGUCCUCUUCUUCCUCCACGGCCGCUGCCACCGCUGAUCCACUGGACGACGGGGCCUCCAUGGUCACCUCAGUCACGGGGGGCACAACCACCAGCAGCCGGGAGAGCAGCCCUGCAGCCAGUCCCGCCCCCAUCAUCGCCACCUCCGCCCAGGCCGCCAAGGAGCAGAAGAGGAGGCCAGACGAGCCCCAGGCCUUCUGCAGCUUCCCCGAAAAGAGGCCGCGAAUGGAAGAUCGUCAGUCCUUUCGUACCACAAUCGACGGGGUUCACACGGAAAAGCCGCAGCCGACAGCAGAGGAGCCCAAGGUCCCACCUAUCCGGAUUCAACUCUCCCGAAUCAAACCGCCCUGGGUCAAAGGGCCGCCAACCUACCAGAUCUGUCCCCGCAUCGUGCCCCCCGGCGAGGGCUCGCGGCGCUCAGGGACGGGGGCGCGCACCCUGGCGGACAUCAAAGCCCGUGCCCAGCAGGCCCGGGCCCAGCGCGAGGCCGCUGCUGCUGUUGCAGCCACUGGGGACGGACCAGGGCCGGGCGGGGGCAGGGCUGGUGCUGGGCUACAGGAUCGCAGCAGUGGAAGACGAACGCGAGAGCACCCAGGACCCGUCGAGCCCGGAGGAGCAGGAGACGAGGAGGAGCAGGGAUCGCCUGCGGGCUCUCAUCCGCCUGGAACACAACUACAGCAGUCCAAAUUAGAGCCCUCUACCCCCACCCCCAACACAGCUGCCUCAUCCCCCUCCCUGUCCACCUCUUCCAACCCCUCCCUGUCCUUCUCCGAGCCCCCGCAGACCCCCACUCCAUCCCCAACCACCCAGGAGGAGCGACAAGGGGAGCUGAGUGGGGAAGAGGGGACAACACCUCCACCAAUCAAAGGCACCUCCAACGGACUCUCGGACAAGGCAGCGCUGCUGGAGCCUGAGUCGGUGUCCAGCCACCUCAGAGGGCGGGGCGAGGGGGAUGACUGUGACAGGUCAAUGACCAAAAAUGGUCCCCUGGCGCCCACCUCCAUCCCAGAUUCUCUGCCCAGGUUCGGGGCCCAGGGAGUGGAUGUGAUCAGGUCCCUGGCUGGGGGAGGAGGGGGUGUCAUCCAACAUGGUUCCCACCACGUGGGGCCACAAGAGAACCCCCCCACCCCAGCCACAGAGGGCCACAGCCAGAGCGAAAAGCAUUCGCAGCCCUCGGAGAGGGGGAGAGAUACAGCCUCCGUCCCUCGUCUCCCACCUUCAGUCAGAGAGGACGAAGCAGGGCAUCACAGCGAUUCCACGGAGACCGCCUCCGACUGCGAGAAUGAGAGCCAGGAGGAAGAGCCCCACCUGAGCAUGUGGAGCCACCGCCUGCCUGCUCAGCGCAACGGCAACAUCCAGCACCUCCAAAGGUUGUCUCAGCAGGCCCACGGCCAGCCUGUGAUCUGCAGCCCCCCUCUACAGCAGAUCCAGCAGCCGGUCAUCCAGACUCACGUGUCCAACCAUCAUGGCCACAGCCAAACGGUCAUCCAGCCCUGCUUCCCCAACGGCCUGCCCAGCCAGAGUCUCAUACAGCCAGGCCAAAAGCAGCCACAGCCUGAAUGCACUCCCCACCCAGACCAACAGACUCUUGCUGCGCCACACUCUCAAACCCAGAGGGGGCACAAAACGGACCCAAUGGAUGACUACAAAGCGUCCAGCCGGGGCUCGGCUGAGGAGAACUGUAGGCUGGGGCUGAAGCCUUCUCCCAUGCACCCCACCGCUGGCUCCAAGAGGCUCCCUAGUUCGGCCCGGCCUGUGUCCACAGUGGAGGCCAACAAUCCUCUGGUCACCCAGCUGCUUCAAGGCAGCCUCCCGAUGGAGAAAGUCCUGCCGCAGACGCACUCGUCCAGCAAGCUAGAGAUUAACCGCCUGCCAGGGGGGCCCCAGCCAGCCCCCCAGUCCCAGCUCAACUGGCAGCAACAGACCAGGUCUCCGGGCCUUCGCUUCAGGGGCCCCACAGAGGCCCAUACGGGGGAGUCCCUGGUCCCUGAGUUGUCCUCUCAGAACCAGCAGAAGUCCCCUGUUGGCCGAGGAGGCUCCCCUGGAGCAAGCCGGAGCUUCGGGUCCUCUCCCCUGGGCACAGUGCCCUCCCGCAUGGCCUGCCUGCUGGAGGAGGCCUCCUCUCGGGCCACAGCCAUGCAGCAGUACCUGUCCCAGCAGCCAGGUGGCUCUGUGCCCCUCGGGGCCGUGCCCGUCAUCACAUCCCUCUCUUCAUCCUCUUCCUCGAGACGGAACUCCCAAGAGUCUGCCGUUAUCAGAGAGUCUCCAGAGAGGCACCACAACAACAUUGCUCAGACCCGGGCCACCCCCGACCUCUGCCCCUCUGAGGUGGUCCCCACUGUCAAGAUAAACUGGCACCCUUCCAAACCCCACCCCCCGCACCAACAGCAGCUCUCGCCUGCACUCAAUGUGAAGAGCGAGGUUUCCUCCCGGCCCUCUUGUCAAGCUCUUGCCAAAACCUCCCCCUCUGGCCCCAUGGUAGGUAGUGGGCCAGGUGUGGUGGUCACCAAAAAGGAGGCAGUGAACUCUAUGGACGGUUACCUGACUGGAGGAGGUGGGGCUAUGGAGGGACUGCUGAACAUGGAGAUGUCUUUAGCCCGCAUGGCUAAGGAGGCGCAAAGCAAAGCUCAAUACUCUUCCACCUCCCCCUCUUCAUCUUCGAUCUCCUCCCUCCCUUUCCAGCUCUACGGUAAGCUGCCCAAGCAGGGCGGGGGCAGCGGUGUGUCGGCCCCCGGCUUCAGCUACACUGCCAACGUGUCUGUGGUAGACGGCAGCGGCUUCUCGAGGAGCAUCGCCGAUGGUGUCCUACAGCUGCGUCAGCGCCACAGUGCCAGCCAGAGCGCCACGCUCAGCAUCCAGGCGUUUGCAGACAGCGCCGCUGAGGAGGUGGCCCUCAAGUGCUCCUGCCGCCUCAAGGCCAUGAUCAUGUGCCAGGGCUGCGGGGCCUUCUGCCACGACGACUGCAUCGGCCCCUCCAAACUGUGUGUAUCCUGCUUGGUGGUCAGAUAGGCGCUUUCUCUGACGUUGCUACAGUGUUGGUGGUUUGGUGUGCCACCUUCAGCAUACCUGCUCCAUGUAUAAACUGUUAACUAACCUAACACACCCAGGACUUGAGAGAAACAAGGGUGUGGGACUUAAGGCUUUGACAAGUUCCACCCUCGGAAGAGGGUGGAACACAGGCAGGGUGAUGCCUUGUAUUAUACAAUCGGUCUGUAUUUUUUGUUGCUUAUUUUUUCUAAUGCCUUUAUGAUUAUUAUUUUGUAUUAUAAUUAUUAAUGUGAAUUUACUUGGCACGGUUGAUUUGUAAAUUGUGCCUUUUUUCUUUUCUCCAAAAAACAUUUACCUCAUCUUGACACCUGUCAUCAGUUCAGUGUGAAAAUGGUGGCUGUUUUGUUAUUGUUUUUGUUUUCCUCUCUGGGGAAUUUGUUCUAGUCUUUCUUGCAAAUAAAUAUUUUUUUAAAUCAUUAAAGCAAGCAUAAAUUACA